UUGACGCCAUAUUGGGGCCGGCGGCGGGUGGAAUAGUCGUACAGUGGAGGGGGAAGCGACUGGACGUGUUCCCUUGAGCGCUCGCCGCCGCCUCCACCUCGCAAUCCCUCCGCAUCGAUCGCCGCUCUCAAGCUUCUGACCCUCCUUGGGCGUUUGAGGAGCCGCGUCCCAGCCUCACGCCUCACGCGGCUGGUAUCGACUUCCGAAGGGAGCCGGUCUCCGCGCAGGAGCACCUCAGGCGCGGCGCAAAGCCCGAACGGACGGCGGGGGCGGCCGGAGCCUCUCCCGGGGGAUCCGCGCCUGAGGAGGCGGAAGAGCCCCCCUGACGCGGCUGGCGUGGGCUGUCGCCACCGCCCCUCCCGCUCCCGCCCGGGCCGGCCCCCGGCCACUGCCCCUGCCGCGGAGGCAGCGGCGGCGUCUCUUCUCCCCGCGGCCUCGCCUCUCGCCUGCCUGCGGCUGAGCCCGUCGGUUAGGCGACCCGCGAGUCCCCCCUUCCCUCCCCCGUCCUCGCCCUCCCCUCCCGCCACCCCUCCCCGACCCCACCCGCACCCAGCGGCGCGGCCGCCCCAGCCAUGGCGUGCGGAGCCACUUUGAAAAGGACUCUGGAUUUCGACCCGCUGCUGAGCCCGGCGUCCCCGAAGCGGCGGCGAUGCGCGCCCGUGUCGGCGCCCACCUCGGCCGCCGCCUCCCCGUUGUCGGCCGCCGCGACCACCGCAGCCGCCUUCUCGGCCGCCGCCGCCUCGCCGCAGAAGUAUCUCCGGAUGGAGCCGUCCCCCUUCGGCGACGUCUCCUCGCGCCUCACCACAGAACAAAUUCUCUACAACAUAAAACAAGAGUACAAACGCAUGCAGAAGAGAAGACAUUUAGAGACUAGUUUCCAACAGACAGAUCCGUGUUGUACUUCCGAUGCACAGCCACAUGCAUUUCUCCUCAGUGGACCAGCUUCACCAGGGACUUCAUCAGCAACGUCCUCACCAUUAAAAAAAGAACAGCCCUUAUUCACUCUACGGCAGGUUGGGAUGAUAUGUGAACGUUUGUUGAAAGAACGUGAAGAGAAAGUUCGAGAAGAGUAUGAAGAAAUAUUGAACACAAAACUUGCAGAACAAUAUGAUGCAUUUGUGAAGUUUACGCAUGAUCAAAUAAUGCGACGAUAUGGAGAACAGCCUGCUAGUUAUGUUUCAUGAAUCACGUUUUCUGCAUUUUUCUGGGCUGCCUUGUUCCUUGUUGAGUUGUUGCAAGAGGUCCCAACUAUGACAUGCAGCAAUGCCAGUACCCCCCUGUGAAUACAGGUUACUUCAAGCUUUCAUCAGUGGCAACCACUCUUAGGCAGCAGCUGGUUUUGGAAUUUCCCUGAUGUCAAUAUCACCCGGAAGUGGACCUUUGCUACCUGUAUUAAUACCAGUGGCCCCAUUUGCUGUAUCAUUACAAUUUGGCUUCUUACAUUAAUGUCUGAAAAGGAUUAAAGCUGGUAUUCUAAGAACAUGCCCUUCACUGGUUGUGUAAAUAAAACCGUAGAAUGACA